UCAGUCAGUCAGAUGGAAGGCCAGUCACAGAUGAGCUCAUUGGGAGUGGCAAUUAUAUAUAUUAGGUUCAACCGUCUAGUUAGAAGCAGUAGCCUUUGAGGUGUGUUUUUUAAGUCUAGUGGGACUUAGGUAGCAGCCUGCAGGGUUUACAUUUGGGCACAAACGUACAAAAUGGCUUCAAACAUUGUCAGUCAAUUUCUCAUGCAAGCCACAUACGCUUCUCAGAGUCCUUCCUCUGGUGGACCAACCAUUACACCCUUUCCCAACUUUGAUCCCUGUGUGGAUGCUGCUGCAUUAAACACUGCACUCGAGGCAAAAGGUGUGGAUGAAGAUACCAUCAUUACUAUUUUGACGACCAGGACUAAUUGUCAGCGGCAACAAAUAGCAGCAGCUUAUCAACAGAGUGUUGGAAAGGAACUCAAAGAUGUUGUGAAGAGAAAAUUGUCUAAGAAGCUGGAGACAGUGGCCCUUGAGUUGCUGAAAACUCCGGCUCAGUUUGAUGCGCAUCAGUUGCGCGGUGCCUUGAAGGGUAUUGGUACUGACGAAGACUGCCUUGUGGAAAUACUAGUAUCUAGGCGCAACAAGGAAAUCAAAGACUUUAUUGAAGCCUACAAAGAAGAAUUCAACAGGAGUCUGGCAGAAGAUAUCAAAAAUGAUACAUCUGGAGAUUUUCAGAAAUCUUUACUUGUGCUACUUGAGGCAUCCAGAGAUGAAGGCAGUGAGGUGGAUUAUGAUCUUUCGGAUGAUGAUGCAAGGGUUUUGUAUGAAGCUGGUGAAAAAAGGAAAGGGACAGAUGUAACUGCAUUCAUGAAAGUUCUCUCGAGCAGGAACUUUGCACAUCUAAAAAAAGUGUUUGAGAGAUACACAAAGUACAGUAAACAUGAGGUGGGCAAAGCCUUGGACCUUGAGCUAAACGGAGACAUAGAAAAUCUACUACUGUCUUUGGUAAAAUGCAUUGGCAGCAAACCAGCCUACUUUGCUGAGAAGUUGGAUCUGUCCAUGAAGGGUUGUGGCACGAAGGAUGCUGCUUUGAUCAGAGUUAUGGUUUCCCGCUCCGAAGUGGAUUUGAAGGAUAUUGAAGCAGAAUACAAAGCUAAAUAUGGCGUGUCUCUUUACAGUGCCAUUCUGAAAGAAACCAAAGGUGACUAUGAGAAAAUUCUGCUUGGUCUCUGUGGAACCAAGAAGUAAUGUAUGCUGAACAGGGCUUCAGCUCUUUUGGAGAAAUUAAAGACAAUGCAAUGAUAUAGCUGAUUUGUAAAAUCAUAACUGUAUAUUAUUUGUACUUGGUGCAAAUAAAAGUUGGAUCACUUCAA